AUGCCCUCACCUCUGUUACACACCACGAACCCCCUAUGGUUUCCUGCUGGAGCAGCAGAUGGUUUCGAGGGCAUCCCAAUAUCUAAUGCUAUUCAUUAUGGUCACCUCGCUGCCUGUUCAGCAUACUUUCUUUCCGUAGCCACUGGCUUUAACGCUGGUGGAUCUGUGGCUCUUCUUGAUCUUUCUAGACCCGGUCGGUAUGAAAGCGAUAUGUACCAUCGAACUCAGUGCCAUUCAAAUUCGGUGACUGAUUUGGAGUGGCGUGGUGAUGUUCUCGCCACUUCCUCCCUUGACAGAACGGUUAAAUUGUGGCGAGUUCAGAGUCAAGGCAAUGCGUCUAUGCUAAUGCAUAGUAAAACUUUGGAUCACAAAGAUCGCGUUGUCAGUGUCGCUUGGUGUCCAACAGAAGGUGGUGUCGUAGCUACCGCUCUCUAUGGUAAAAAAGUUCUCGUUUGGAACGUUGAGAGCGGUAAGGUGCAGAGCGUGCAUAUGGGCAGUUCUGGGAGCCAUUGUGUCUGUUGGUCUUCCAAUGGAUGCAUAGCUGUAGCAUCCAGAGACAAAAAACUUUGCAUUUUCGACGCAGAACACGGGGAGAAAAAGCCAGUUGUUUCAAUGAUCUGCCACCAAGGAUCGAAACCAUGGAAAACCGCCUUCUUGGACGAUUCCACCUUGGUGACUGUGGGAUUUGGACAGGAGGGUAGCAAAGAGCUAGCUACUUGGGACCUGAAAAACCCAUCCAGCCCUGUCGAUCGCAUUCGUUGCAACCAAUCAUCGGGUAGCGUCAUUAUGAAUUAUUACCAAGGCAACCGGUUUUUGUUUCUUUCUGGUCGGGGUGACAACGGGAUUCAAGUGUAUAAAUAUGAAAAUCAAAGAAUGGACAUAGUUGGUCAGUUUCAAAGUCCGCAUCCCUAUCGCGACAUUUGCUGGAUGAAACAGGAGUACCUGGAUUCCAAAUCCCAGGAAAUUGGUCGCUGUUUUCGCCUCUUUCAGCCAGACACUGCAGUGGUUCUAUCCACCGGCAGCCGACGGCGAAGUAGCCUUUUCUCAACCAACCUUUGCCAACAGGAUUUUGGUGGUCCUUUUAGCUUGAGUAAUGGACACGCGCGCAGGAAAUUAUCAGCACCACUGAUAGAACCACUCAGUAUUCGACUACAGGAGUGUGAUAAUGAUGACGAGGAAGGGGAAGUCGAGGAAACUGAAACUGUAAAAGAGAGAGGCUUGGUCGCCAUUCACGGUUCCAAAUUUUGCGAACACGAAGUUGUUGGAGUAUUGAAAAGGCCAAGAAUUAUGUCCUCGUCUGCACAACACCACCCAGAUUGUUGCAAAUACAUCAAUCGAGUGAUGUUUGAUCAGUGUCUUGCCAAUAUGCACGAUAAAACAAAUAAGAACCACCUCUGUCAAAAUACUACUCACAGCGUUUUCAGUAAAGCAGAAGAAAGUCUGCAAAAACCCCCAUCCAUUCCCCCGAAACCAAGGGCAAAACGGAUCUGGGAUAGUUGGAAGGCGAUUCCGGAGGUUGUUCAUGAUCGAUUAAACCGAAUGUUGGAGAAAAAUUCUGCGAGUUCGAAAAUGAAAGAAAAUGACGCGAACGGAUAUUCCGAUAAGAGAGAACAGUCUGAUGAUGAAAUACUUUAUGUAACAUCUGCUUUUAACCGCAAAAGGACAAGCGUGGAUGUGAAUUCAAGCAUGGAUGGGAAACGCGCUCAAGAAACCGAUGAUGAGGAUGGGUAUGCCACUUGUUCUGUCUCUGAUUUGGUGGCCGUGUUUGAAGCCAAGGCUGCUCAGAUUGCUGCGAUGGAAUCGGUCAGUGUCGGCUCUGAGUCGCUAUCACAUCCACGGAUCGAGGCGACUCCCACGCUGCCUUUGGUGAUGCCGCCUGUGACGCAGGCAGCGGAGAUAAUCGUACUAGAAAAAGACUCAAAUCACCAAGUUUGUACACCUCAGCCUUCAAUGAAAAGAGCCUCUCAUCUGGUAGACUCCUUUAUGUAUGUUAUUGGAAUGAGUUGGGAGGUAGAUCAGAUUUACCAGCCUAAACCACUGAACCGAAUGUACACCAAUUCAAGCCAUCAGCGAUGGUCCAUCCCUCAUUCCAUUGGUAUACAAAUGUCACCAGCGUUACGCUACAUGCAGCGAUCACAACGAACUUCGGUGCAUCUCCCACGAUCCACCUUACAACCGAAUAAUGAAGCGACCACUGAUGGUAGUGCAAGACGUCCGUCACUACAUAUUCCCGUAUCCGAUAGCCGAGAACGCUUACACGAUGAUGCAGCAGAUUCCGUAAGUCCCGACUAUAAAACUGGCACCCAUAAUAACUAUAAUCCUCGGCUUCUUUGGCUUGUAAUUUAUGGAGCUCCUGUCGAACUCAUUACCGUUCCAACCGACCCUCAGACGUGCCUUUCGUCAAGGCCUACCCCGGCUAAUACAUACGCGACUGGGGUCGGUGCUCUCCAGAAGUGGGAUGCGGACGAGAAAUUGUCCUAUUUGAGAUCAUCGAAGGAAGCAGGCGAGGCAGCAGAGAUGCAGACCUCUCUAGAGCGGAUGUCCAUACAGCUAAUUCCAGUGGUUGCACCUGUCAAACCAUCAAGAUUGUCACUUUUGGAUGAAUUUCGUCUCCUCAAAACCCAAAAAUUCUCUCCUUCCCUUCAGAAUGCGAAGCACAAGCCGUCCGUCACCCUCAGUCGUUCGGCCACCUUCACUCCUUCCUAUUCAUCAUUUAUCGAGCCAAGACGAUGUCGCCGCGACCAAGGCGUCAUGUUCUCUAACCCAGCGAGUCGCCAUCCAUGCAGUCAGGCGUCGAUUCAGACUUCGUGCAAGUUUUAUGAAGGCUAUGCAAAGUAUUUGAGAGAUUUGGAGUCGACGGUUCGAAGGUGGUGCAGUGAUUGUGCUCCCGAUACUACGCAACCCGAAUCGAUGGGUGUUCGGAAGAGCAGAGGUUGUGAAUUCAAUUCCGAGUCAGAGAUGGAGAAGUCGACAACCUACGUCCAGUAUGUCGCACUACCUUCUCCAAGAAAAGUGAAAGGGAAGGACUCAUCGCAAGUUGGGUUAUUUGAUGAGCCGCGCUCUGAUUGUGAUGAGACCUGCGUGGGGACAAUGACAGACGCUGACAGUGAUGCUCUCAGUAGUACUUAUAGUGCGUCUGUGACAAAUUAA